AUGUCGGAGCUCGAUGCGCUGGAGCGCCUUCUUGCCCGGGUCUCGCAGUCCGGCAUGGGCAGCAUGCACGCCUUUGACUCGGGCGACGGCUGCAGCGCCAAGUCUAUAUGGCUCGAUCCACGGUUUAUCCCCGCCUACGCCAGCGCUCUGCUCCUGCUCCUAUUUUCCAAUAGGAGUAGGAAGCCCCAACCCGCGCCCCUCUCCCUAUCCGAACCCGAAUCCAGCCUGCUUAACCGCGCAAACGAGUUCGUGAAGCUCCGCGGCGGCUGGGUCAUCUAUGUCUUCAACGUUGCCCGGGUGUUUGGUGCGAGCGCCCUUGUAGGGCUCACCAUCGCUGCGGUGGUGCUGAGCAGCGGACAACGACCGGAGGUGGUCAGUGGCACGGACGCGCAGUUCCCGUUGGGCGGUGGACAGAGAUGGGACCGGAUGUGGGACUGCACUGGCAGGGCAGAGGUCGCCUUGCUGGUCGCAUACGCCUAUGCUACUCUACUCUCCCUCCUAGCCCUCGUGCUCACCGGCGCCGCUCGAGCCUCAUGCUCAUUCCACGCUUCCUGGAUCCUCUUCAUCCAGUUCCUCGUCUUCUUCUGGCGCAAUUUCCUCCCUCUCACCACUUUCACCGGCAUUCCGGCAGACAACACGCUCCCCUGGCUGCUCUGGACGCGCGGGUCGUUCGUCGCCCUCGUUGGGCUUGCGAUCCCCGCACUCGUACCGCGCAUGUACGUGCCUUUCGACCCCUCCAACCCCGCCCCCAAGCCUGCACCCGAACAAACAGCCUCCAUCUUCAGCUUCAUGUUCUUCCUCUUCCUCGAACCGAUCGUGUUUACCGCCUGGCGUGUCCCGCAACUCCCGUACGACCGCCUGCCACCCCUGCCGGAUACGGACUGGAGCGAUAACUUGCGUGCGCGCGCGAUGGACAAGCUCGACCCUGUGCGACGCAGGGAUAUGGGAAAGCGCGAAAGGCACAUCUUCUUCGGACUGAUGGACGUCUUCCGCUGGGAAUAUACGCGCAUGUCUUUCUUCCUCGUCCUCGAGGUGAUGUGCCGUUUCCUCGGGCCCAUCGGUAUCAACCGCCUGCUUACGUAUAUGGAACAUGACGGAGAAGGCGCGACAAUGCGCCCAUGGGUGUGGAUCCUGUUCAUGUUCCUCGCACCGACGCUCAACACGCUCGCAUUCAACCUGUACAUCUUUACCAGCACGCGUAUGACCGUGCAGGCUGAGAACGUCCUCACCCAGAUCAUCUUUGAACAUGCGCUCAGAGUGAGGCUCACAGACGAAUCGAUCAUCUCUGCUUCGCCUGCCCCCACUCCGGGAACUAGCACGCCCGGGGCACCCGAAGAUGGUGCGGAGACUCCUGCUGCUCAUGCACCCAGCGCCUCAGGUACCGAGACGGCUACGUUAGUGGACACAGAGCGGGAUGCGGAGGAGGGUAGCAGCACUCCACCUUCGGCUCCUCCUGCUGCACCGGCGAGCACGAACGGCACAGACAAGGGGAAGGACAAAGAUCCUGGCAAGGACAAACCUGACGCUGCCGCGCCCUCUGCACCGCCGAACACAGCGACGCACCUGUCUGCCAAGAUUAAUAACAUCUUCGGUACCGAUAUUGGGAACUUGAUCGAUGGUCGCGACUUCCUCUUCAUGAUUCUCGACUGUCCGUUCGAGGUGAUCCUCUGCAUUUGGUUCCUUUGGGUGAUUCUCUCCUGGGCGGCGGUCGUUGGCAUGUUGUUUAUCAUCAUCACCCUGCCAAUCCCCGGCAUGAUCGCGAGUCGCAUCCAGGACGCGCAGAGGAAGAUGAUGCAGAAGACAGAUCUGCGUGUACAAGCAAUCACGGAAUCCCUUGGCAUCAUCCGCAUGAUCAAGAUGUUCGGGUGGGAGUCGCUCGUUAGGGGUCAGGUUGGUACUGUUCGUGACGAAGAACUGUACUAUGUCCGGCUCCGCAAGAUCCUUGGCAUGCUGAACAACAUCAUCAGUGGAAUGUUGCCAAUGAUUACCAUGAUCAUUACUUAUGCUUUCUAUACGUUGGUAUUGGGCAAGGAGCUCGAUGCUGCGCGAGUGUUCUCCAGUGUGCCGGUGUUCGACACGCUUCGCCAUGACAUGGCUGGCGCUAUCAUGAUGCUGACGAACAUUAUCAAAGCUAAGGUAUCUCUGGACCGGGUUAGCGAUUUCUUGCGUUCGAGUCGCCUGUUGGAUAGAUACCGCCCCAAGACCGCCGAAACUGCGCUCGUCGUCGCGCCAGCAGCAGAGACUGACGUCGUCGGCUUCCACAAUGCCACUUUCACCUGGACAGACCCCGCCGAUGGCUCGCUCAAACCUGGCCAGCGUAAUUUCCGUCUGCAUAUUCAGGAUCUCGUCUUUAAGAGCGGGGAGAUCAACGUUAUUGUCGGUCCAACUGGUUGCGGAAAGACAUCUAUCCUGAUGGCACUCCUUGGAGAGAUGCACUUUGAGCCGCAGGGGGUUGACUCUUGGUUCAGUUUACCGCGUGGGCGCGGACUCGCGUACGCUGCGCAGGAGUCUUGGGUACAGAACGAUACCAUCAGGGCAAACAUUCUUUUCGGGAAUCCUUAUGACGAGGUUCGGUAUAAGAAAGUGUUAUAUCAAUGUGGGCUGGAACCUGACCUGACGAUGUUCAAUGCCGGCGAUGCGGCAGAGGUCGGAGAGCGUGGUCUUACCCUUUCUGGCGGUCAAAAGGCACGAAUCACCCUCGCCCGUGCGGUCUACUCUCCAGCCCAGACCCUCCUUCUCGAUGAUGUGGUCUCUGCAUUGGACGUUCACACUGCUCGCUGGGUUGUUGACAAAUGUCUGCAAGGGGAUCUCAUCAAGAAUCGCACGGUCAUUCUCGUUACCCAUGCUGUGGCUCUUAUUGCACCGAUCGCAACAAAUGUCAUCUCUCUCAGCACACACGGACGCAUUCUCAGUCAAGGACCUUUAGCUGCGACCCUCACCUCGGACGCUGCUCUGAGGGAGGAACUCAAGGAAAGCAAGGACGCGAUGAACGUUAUCGAAGCUCUUCCUGGGGAUGAACAGAAGCCGGCAGACAAGAGCUCAGAUGGAAAGCUCAUCAUCAAGGAGGAGAUGGCUGAGGGGAGGAUCAAGUGGGCAUCAGUCAAACUUUUCACGGAUGCCUUCGGGGGUCCCGUAUAUUGGAUUCUGCUUACCUUGGGUUACGUCAUCAUCCUCAGCUUGGAUAUCGGGGGGACCUGGUGGCUUGGUCGCUGGUCGGCUGCGUACGAAUCCCCCUCCAGCGGGGUCAAUGUUAUAUACUACUUGACUGUCUUUAUUCUCGUGAUCAUCUUUCAGGAAUGCACCUGGCUCAUCAUGCAACUGGUCCACGCACUCGUCAGCAUUAAAGCUUGUCGUCGCAUUCACAACGCCCUCAUGGACAGUGUCCUUGCAUCGACGCUCCGUUGGAUUGACAGCACGCCUGUUGGCAGGAUUGUAUCCAGGUUCACCCAGGAUGUUCGGGAAAUUGACGGGUCACUUACUGGACUUGCACAAGUCAUCUUACAGCAAUCAGUCUCCCUGAUCAUGAAAUUCAUCGUCAUCAUGGUGAUCUCCCCAAUCUUCAGCAUCCCCGGCGCCCUCAUCAUUGUAGCUGGUCUGACUCUGGGUCAAAUUUAUAUCGCGGCUCAGAUGUGCGUCAAGCGACUGCGGUCGAACUGGCGUUCGCCGUUGUACAAUCAUUUCAACGCGGCUGUGUCCGGACUCAUCUCCGUGCGUGCCUAUGGAGCAGAGGAAUCGUUCAAGGCCGAGCUUCGGCAGCGUGCUGAUGCUUACUCCCGUCCCUCCCGAACGUUUUAUAACCUCAAUCGGUGGAUCAAUACGCGAGCUGAUUUACUCGGUGCCGCGUUCUCAUCUGGGCUUGCGACAUACCUCUUGUAUGUAAGGGCACGAAUUGGGGCGAGCACAACAGGGUUCAGCCUGACUAUGGCCAUCGAAUUUUCGUCUAUGAUUCUCUGGUGGGUCCGUGUGGUCAAUAUGGUGGAAAUCUCGGCGAACAGUCUCGAGCGCAUCCGAGAUUAUCUUGUUAUCGAUCACGAGCCGGAGAUCACGGAGAAAGGAAAGCCACCCGCCUACUGGCCUUCCUCUGGCUCUUUACAGGUGGAAGAUCUGUCUGCCAGGUACUCCAAGGACGGGCCUCUUGUCUUGCAAAAUAUCACCUUCGAAAUCAAGUCUGGCGAGCGUGUCGGCAUAGUUGGGCGAACCGGCAGCGGGAAGAGCUCCUUGGCUCUCUCUCUACUACGUCUCAUUCCUACUGAGGGGAAAGUCUACUAUGACGGUCAACUGACAGAAGGUCUCAAUCUUGACGCUCUUCGCAACAAUCUUGCUAUCAUCCCGCAAGAGCCAACCUUGAUCUCCGGAACAUUACGAUUCAACCUGGACCCCUUCUCGCAGCACGACGAUGCGGUCUUGAAUUAUGCCCUCCGGGCAAUUGGUCUACUGACUGAAAACGGCGCCGCGGAUGGCACAAACUUGACACUAGAUAGCACGGUCGCAAAUGCUGGCAGCAACUUCUCCGUUGGCCAGCGUCAGUUGAUUGCCCUUGCAAGGGCGAGUCUGCGUGGGACAAAAGUGCUCAUCUUAGACGAAGCCACGGCAUCUGUGGAUGCUGAAAGCGAUUCGGUAAUUCAGACUUCAAUCCGUACCGAGCUUCAUCAUGCGACGCUGAUCACCAUCGCUCAUCGCUUGCUUACUAUCAUGGACUAUGACAAGAUCAUGGUGUUGGAUGCUGGAAAGCUGGUCGAAUUCGAUUCGCCCAUGGCAUUACUGCAAAACGAAAAGAGCUACUUCCGUUCCUUAGUAGAGGAAAGCGGCGACAAGGAGAAGCUGAUCUCGGUCGCGGAAAGGGGCCGUUCGAGUCUAUCAGCAUGA